AUGCCGAUUCGUGAAAAGAUCAAGAGCUUGUUGCACAGGCACGAUGAUGAGACAACUCCUCCAAGCAGCCCCAGUCGCAAGUCUCGCUAUGAAGACUCCCAGCAAGGAGUGAGUCCUCAACAGGGCCAGAGGCCAAUUUCAGGAAUGGAUCAGCCUUCGCAAGCGUCGCCUGCAAGAUCCCGGUCCAAGCUGCGAAGGUCGCUUGAUCGCAAGUCUGCCCCUGUCGCAGACGACUCAAUUGCCAGAAGAAGUCUCGACAGCAAGCGCAAGAGUCUUGACCAGCGUGCAAUUAAUGCUGGCGAGGCACCCCAAGUCCCAGCAGUUCCCAGCACUUACAGAGAUGAGGCAAUCGCCCGUCCGAGAGUCUCGCAGGACGCCGAAAUAAUGGCGGCCAAGGAGAAAGCUCGCAAAAGUUCGAACGUGAUCAAUUUCAAUCACAACAACACUGCCUCUCAACCACUUUCUGGCAAAACUGAUAGGUAUUCAGAAGACGUUGCUGAUUGGAAUAUCAUGAACGCUGAGAAACCCAGUCCCACUCACGCUCCAGCACCGCUGAAUGUCAUGAAAUCGUCCACCAACAGAUCGCGACGGUCUUCGACGUCUUCAUACUCCACAGCACCCACGCCCGGAAUUACUCAAUCUGUUUCACGUAAGGCUGUCGGCUCCGAGACUGUUAACGAUGUCAAUGGCAGAAGGGGCAGUGUCGCGAGCACCAAGCAGAGAUCGCGCCUUAGCAUGGACAAGCCUCUGCCCGCUCCACCAAAGCAAACUGCUCUCAGCGACGACCCAGCUUUCGGGCAGUUCCUUCCCAGAGACCACAACUACCUUGUCAAAGAUGCUCCUGCUGCUCCUGUGCUUGAAGGUGUUGUGAAUCUCGAGAACACGAUUGACACUGACGUGACCGAGACUUGGGCUCNNCCGACUGUUAUGCCAGAGGUCCACCACAUCCGCGAAGAAGUCAUUACUCGCGAAAUCCAUAACCACGACGUCUACCACCGCAUCCUUCCCAUCAUCGACAUUGAAGUCCUCCCAGCAAGACACUUUGUACCCACCGGAAAUGGCGACGAAUUGAUGGAAAUCUCUGCGGACGAGAUUCCUGGUAGAACUGGCUACAACCAGCAGUGGUUCGUUGGUGAGAUGCUGUCCAAGCUCCCCAAAGACUCCAACUUCUUCAGAGAGCCACUCCGAUUCACAGCCAGAGAGUUCCCGGGAACCGAAGGCGACUACAAGGAAUACGUGCGCAACGGCACUCCUACAACAGAGACAACUUGGGUACAUCCACCGGUGCUCGACGACAUGAUGUAUCUUGCUGGACAGACGCAGCCAUUCCACUUUGGGUGCGAGAACCCCGCAGACAACGGUCUUCGAAUUCGCGCGCCUAACGGGCCAGUCGCUGGAUCGUCGCGCUACCACAAGGUGCAGCUUGAGCGCAGAGUAGAGGCAGUUGAGCCACCAACAGAGUCUAUGAGGAACCUGUCGGUAGGUGACUAUCUCCAGGCUGUUCCCUCUGGCGAAGCGACGGGCCACGAGGCAUUGACGCCUCAUGCAAAGUAG